AUGAAGUUAGGGAAAUCAGCGUUGAUUGCAAAGCGCGAUUUGAAGUCAGCAUAUAGAAUUCUGCCACUGGCUGUUAGUGAUUUCCCGCUGUUUGGUUUGAAAGUAGGGGAUUGUUUCUAUGUCGAUAAAUUUUUGCCUAUGGGUCUGAGUCAGAGUGCGAACCUUUUUGAAAAGUUUUCAACAUUUUUGAAUUGGCUAGUGUGUGCUACAACUCGAAUAGGUACCGUUGAUCACAUGUUAGAUGAUUUUAUUUUUGCUGGCAGUAAAGGGUCUAAUGACUGUCAUACCUUAGUAUCAGCAUUUACCGGGUUAUGCAGUACCCUAGGUGUCCCAAUUGCAGUUGAUAAAUCAGUCGGUCCAACAACAAUUAUGGUAUUUUUGGGGUUGGAAAUUGACACUAAUGAAAUGCUAGUGAGAAUUCCCAUACAUAAUGUUGAUGAAUUAGUUGGCUUGCUCAAGGGGAUAAUGAAUAGGAAGAAAGUCAGUUUGAAAGAGCUACAACGUCUGGUUGGUAAGCUGAAUGUUUUUGGUCAGGCUAUUAGAUCUAGCAGGGCGUUUACUAGGCGGUUUUAUGAUGCUAUGUCUGGCCUUAGGAAACAAUUUUACCUGUAA